UAAUUUAGAAGCGAAGAAGUCGAAAGCCGCCGUGGCUGUUUUGUGGUGAGAUACACUUGUUAAAACGUGGGAUUUUAAAAUGUAUACUGCAUAGAAGAUGUGGAGAUUUAUCUACAGAAAAGUAAACGGCCGUCCUGGGAAUUCGUCCCUUCGUCUUGGGCAGAUCCAAGCUGCUGAGAAGAAUGAAGAUGUGAACAAUUCAGUACCAGAUGAAAAAGACAAAUCGCUUCAUAAGGCUAAAGCUCGCCAUGGGAAAGUUCUUCUGGCCUCAGAAGUCAGCUUUAGAAAGUGCGACUUCGAGAGCGAAAGCGAAGCGCUCAAGUUAGGCUUUGACCUAGUGCGAUGUAUUGUGCAGAGCAUUCAGAUCGAUCGGAGAAAUCGAACGCUGACUUCCUCGACUCGCUCUGCCAGUGGGAAAAAGGAAGGAGAUUCCAAUCCAUUUUACGGGGAAAUGCACUCGUGGUGUAAAGGAGUACUUGCUUUGUCCAGCCUCCUUGCCUGCCGCAAGUUUAUAACAGAUGAAAAGUCUCCGCUGCACAUCAAUGUUAAGACUAUUCCUUCUCAACUGUUGUCAAGAGUUCUGUCAUCGUACAGGCCAAAUGCCACUCUCACAGUGCUUCCUGUGGCUGAGAGCGUCCAGACUUUCAGAGGGAAUGCCAAGCCUACAGACUCCUUGGACCAGGCUAUUGCAACUUUCCAGUCUUCCUUCAGUGAAUGCACAGCAGCCACCCAGAAUAAGCUAGGUAUACAGUUUGCAUCACUGAAACAGCACCAGAAAGCAUUUUUACUCUUCAUGCAAGCCAGUGAACGAGGUCAUCCUUUAGCACAGUUUAACCUGGGCUUGUGUUAUGAGAAUGGAAAAGGAGUGGAGAAAGACUUGGCCAGGGCUGCAGAGUGUUAUAAAAAUGCUGCUGCCCAAGGCCAGGCUGGUGCCAUGUACAACUUGGCUCUGCUUUACAUGGAAGGAGAUGGAGGCCUUCCAAAAGAUCCAGAAAAAUCUUUAGAACUUCUUAAAGGAGCUGCAGAGAAUGGCUUGUGUAAAGCACAGUCAUACUUAGGAUUGUACUAUGCAGAUGAGUCUUCCAGCCACUGUGAUUAUGAAAAAGCUGUCCCCUAUCUCAAAAUGGCUGCGGCUAAAAAAGACCCAUCAGCAGAAUACAACCUUGGCAUCUGCUAUGAGCGUGGCCUUGGCAUUGAAAGGGACAUGCCAAAGGCUGCAAGUCUGUACAUGUCUGCGGCUGAGCACGGCCACACUGGGGCACAAUACAAUCUAGGGGUUUUCUAUGAGCAUGGUCUGGGAGGAUUUGCAGUUGAUAAGAAGGAGGCAGCACGGUUUUACCGCAUGGCAACAGAGGCUGGAGAUGAAGAUGCUCUGCACAAUCUUCUACUCCUUCGAAAGCAGAUGAAGACAGAGAAUCUAACCAGUCAGUCAGUUAAGCCUCAAAAUCUUGUGUUCUCACUGCUCAGAGAAAUGGCUUUUCCAGCUGCAAGGCAUGGUCACGUAUUGCAUGAAAAUAAAAGUAUACCUCGCUGUGCUUCUAGCCCUGGAAUUUUAGAUGAGUCUACAGCUAGUGAUCAACAGAAUACGUCUUCAAACAAAGCACCAAACGCUUUGCUGGCAUUUUGACCCCGUGGGAUUUCAAGAUGAUCAUGUCACUCACAAUAUUUUUAUCAUCUGCUUACUUUUGUAAAGGUAGAGAUACGUUUGUGAUGACUCAUUACUAACUUCAACUGAGAUCAACUGAAGCCAAUUUUGUUAGAGAUUUGACAAAUACAGGGUCAAAGACAAAUGUUAUUAAAUAUUGUGUAUCAGUCAGGAUCUGAUAGCCUUAAAAGUCUGAUUGUGUGAACUUCUGGAGAAGUCUAUUGCUAGAUCCAAGUCAACUUCCACUUUAGGUAAAAUACAUGUAUGGUAAAGGUAAAGUCUGCAUAUGAGCCAAGUGGCCCAUCCAGCAGUGCUUAUCUCUGGUUU